AUGGCUCGUUCUAUGAUAGAGCAUCGCAAUGUUCCUAAGAAAUAUUGGGCUGAAGCAGUUUACACUGCAGUCUAUCUCCUGAAUCGGUCACCUACACAUGUCGUUAAGAAGAUGACUCCUGAAGAAGCCUGGUCAGGACGCAAGCCUAAAGUGGGCCAUUUGAAAGUCUUCGGUUCUACCGCUCAUGCGUAUAUGAUCUCAGACAAUACUGGUUAUUCCCACGCAAAGUCUGGUCAGAUUCCACAGGUUGAGGUCAAUUUUACACUGAGCAAUGAUUGUCUCCCUUAUCCACCCAAUACUUCUGCUUUGCUGUGCCCAGAGACAAUAGCAAAGGAAAGGUCAAUCCUGCUGCUACAGGAAUCUGCCACCCAGUUUAGUGCUCCUCCUCCUCUUAUAAACUCCGAUGUUGUGCUGCUCCUGUGUAAUUCGUCGACUCAAGUAAGGGUCAAACCACUUUAUGCAACAAUUGCUAACUAUGCAAUGAUUGAACAGGAAAGGCUUGAUGAUAAUGCUGGCAGGGGCUACGUCCCACAAGGGAUGAGAAACUCAGGGUUGAGUCUGUGCUCUCUUGCAUUCAUUCAAUGCAGGAAUAACUGA